UCUUGUGGCCCACCUCAGUCCGUUGCUCCUCCUGGUGCUGUCUAGCCCUUCUUUACUCAGGUGCUCCACACGUACGAACUCCAUAGGUUCAAUAGUGGAAAACCUUCUCUACUGCUCUCAGUGCCUCCAAGGAGGCACCGGCAGCCAACAUCCUCACUCUUCUUCGUGGUAGUCGCCUUCACAACAACGCCUCAGCCCACCAACCCCUUCAAAGCUCAGCGUUUCAAUAAGAUCUUCGCUGUCAGGUAGUUUCUAUCAUGUCAGCUGUUAUAGAGCAGGAGCCUAGAUCACCUGAUCAACAGCAAGAAGGUGGCGGGAUGGGGCACGAUUCGAGACAAAUUGUCUUACACGUGCUUCCAAUCAACCAUGCUAAUGAUGACAUCGAUGGAACCAUAGCGUUUCUGGUUUCUCAAGCAGUCAUGAGAGCAACGGUGGAGGAAGGGUGUGGGCAGGAGGAAAUGUGGCCUGGAGUUGAGGAGGUGUGGCCUCACGUGGAAGACAUCUGGCGUGAGGAAGAUGUCUGGGCAAAGGCGGAGGAAGGGUGUGGGCAGGAGGAAAUGUGGCCUGGUGUUGAGGAGAUAUGGCCUCAAAUGGAAGAUAUCUGGUGUGAAGAAGAAGUCUGGCCUGAUGUGGAGGAAGGGUGUCAGCAGGUGGAAAUGUGGCCUGGUGUUGAGGAGAUGUGGCCUCAAAUGGAAGACAUCUGGUGUAAGGAAGAAGUCUGGCCUGAUGUGUUGGAAGGGUGUUGGCAGGAGGAAAUAUGGCCUGGUGUUGAGGAGAUGUGGCCUCAAGUGGAAGACAUCUGGCGUGAGGAAGUCAUCUGGGCAACAGUGGAGGAAGGGUGUGAGCAGGAGGAAAUGUGGCCUGGUGUUGAGGAGAUGUGGCCUCAAGUGGAAGACAUCUGGCGUGAGGAAGACUUCUGGCCUGAUGUGUUGGAAGGGUGUGGGCAGGAGGAAAUGUGGCCUGGUGUAGAGGAGAUGUGGCCUCAAAUGGAAGAUAUCUGGUGUGAGGAAGAAGUCUGGCCUGAUGUGUUGGAAGGGUGUUGGCAGGAGGAAAUGUGGCCUGGUGUUGAGGAGAUGUGGCCUCAAGUGGAAGACAUCUGGCUUGAGGAAGACGUCUGGCCUGAUGUGGAGGAUACCUUGCCUGAAGACGAGGAGGUGUGGCCAGACUUGGAAGAUGACUGGUAUGUCUGGAACAAUGACCAGGAGAAUGAGGAAGCUGAGGAAGCAGAAGAUGACCAGUGCUACAAUAAUGAGGAAGAUGAGGAGGAGGGCAAUGAUGACAACUAUGAAUAUGAAGAGAAGGAGUAUGAAGAGCAGGAGGAAGAGGAUCAUGAAGGGGAUAAACCAGAUGAGUUUCAGGGGGAGGAGAUCAUCCUGCAUGCCUGCAAGGCCCGAAAAGUUCAAUGCCUGAAAAAUCACAUAUUCAGGAGAGAGGAGAAAUCUCCAAGAAGUCCAGACCUGGCAAAGGAAGCAUAAAAUUGGAAGGAUAGAGGGCAAAGGAAGCUAUGAAUGAAGAUGGAAUUGAUGAAUAGUUUCUUCAUGUUUUUGAGAUUUUCUAAUGUUAAUUCACAGAUGCAAAUCAUCACAAGUGAUACUGUUCUAAACUUCUUCAUCUAAAAGUAUAUACUGAAAACUUAUCCCAAUGUUUAAUUAUUCCUUAAAUUAAAAUUAAAAAUCAUUUGAAAUGAA